AUGCCCGCUCGAGUACCUCGUUUGUCCCUACAUAAAACCAAGCUACAACAAGGUCAGCAAAAGACCAUCGGACGACCCCAACAACACAUCACGCUCAAGCGCCUCAUCCUCCUCUCAGCAGCAACGCUAACUCGCCAGACCUACACCUCGGCGAUCAACGACUCCGCCGCAACCCCUCGCCUCCUCGCCCGCCAAUGGACCAACUCCAGCCGCACUGCCAUCACCAGCGCCUCCGCCACCUCCACCACCUGCCUUGACGUGACCCUCACCAGCCCCAUUUUCACGUUCCCGACCCACACCCCCACCGGCUUCCCGAGCACAGUAGACCUCGACUUCGCCUUCAACGCCGACUACGUGGCCCUCGUCUUCCCCACCCCGAGCGCCGCCGCCGACAUCAUCAACACCGUCUACGGCCAAGUCCGCGGCGCCGCGUGCGACUGA